AUGGCGCCCCCUUACCUCUCCCGGAUAGACUCCAAUUCGAAACAGGCGCAUAGCCAGAACCAUCACUCUCAAUCACCCUACGACUACACGCAAGGUGCGACGUGUCAGCCCUUGUGGAACCCAACACCACCACUAUAUUCUUCCCAGUACCAAGCAGAACAUUCACCAUCAGAACCCUUCGGUGUCUUCAGUCCAACAAUGCAAUCCACACAGGCCCUACCUCCCCUCGUCUACGACUCCUCCCCCGACCAACACGACUCAGAUAUGGCAGGCUUCGAGCUCGAUUACGAUAUUCUCAACAAUACGAGCUACUUGGCCGACUUCAACCUGAGCGAGUACUACAAUGACUUUACCCUGUUCCCGACGAACCAAAGCUUCAUUCAACCACCACUGUCCGACGCCAGCCUAUUCCCCAGCCUCGACUCACACAACUCGCCGAGGGCAGCGGCUCCUCAGCAAAUCCACAGGUUCUGCUGCCAGUUUGCCGGCUGCACGCUGACAUUUGCGCGUCAAUGCGAGCUGACGCGGCACGAGUACAAGCACACUCGGCCCUUUGGAUGCCCUCACUGUGGCCGCGGCUUCGCAGAGAAGCGACGAUGCGUCCAGCACAUCCAGUCAGUGCAUGACCUGGCAACGGACAACGAUAAGACCCGGUGCCAUGUGUGCAAUUACGCGCACGUCAGGCCCGACGCAGUAAAGCGGCACCUCCGGUUGAAGCAUGGCAUUGGGGCCAAGUCUGAGCGUUCAUCGCCAACGACGUCGACUGAGCACUCUGACAACCAGGGUAGACAGAGGGAGAGGACACGCGAGAGGAGGUGA